AUGUCGGUGCAGUUUGACCCGAACGAUGUGAAGAACAUUAUGAAGGGCUACGAGCUCAUUGGAAUGAGCGCUCAUGAAUUCGUAGGGAAAGUAGCUGAGUUCGUGUUGAAGCAAGGAGAGAUGCGUGAUGGUGGUUUUGAUACUACUACUGCUGAGAAUAUUCUCAAUAUGCUAAUUCGGGUAGAGGAUCCAGCUGAUGAGAUGCUCGAUCAUUUGAGCCACAUGAAUCCUGGUGCUUCCCGGUUGGCGUUGUCAGUGGCUAAGGCAGGUUUGGUUGAUCCGAAAGAUAUGGACCUGCUGAUGGAUAUCGCUAGGAGUCGUCGAAACACGAGGCUGCGUGUGGACAUUGCGAUGUGUGUCAUAGCAGUACUGUGGGAAAAAUCGGCUUGGGUGGAUGCUCUGGAGAAAAUCCGAAGGUGGAAAACGGCUGAUAUGGAAAACCUUAAAUUGGCCGCUGGCGCUCUCACACUCCGAGCUAACGGUGUCACCACGAGUGACACUCUGGUUGAGCCAAUGCUCACGGUGAUCGACGAAAUACCACUGGGGAGAACGGAUGCUAGCACUGACAGCCCCAACGAGCUCAGCAGUAUGAGUUCUGAUGACAACUCUAGUAUGGAGGGUGGCAUGUUUGUUUGA